GACCAGAAGAACAGCAACAGAGCUGCAGUCCUGCACAAGAAGGAAAUAUACAUUUCCAAGAAAGAUUUAAGUUUGUUUGAGGAAGACUUUACCAAACAUCGCGUGUCAGCAUGUCGACUCCCAGCUGUCUGUUGACGGAAGACCAGCUUCUGUGCGGCAUCUGUUUGGAUGUGUUCUCUGAUCCAGUCACAUUACCAUGUGGACACAACUUCUGCAAAAACUGCAUCACGCAGCACUGGGACAGCAGCAGCCAGGUUCACUGUCCCUCAUGUAAAGAACCUUUCUAUAAAAGGCCUGAUUUGCGAGUCAAUACUUUCAUAUCUGAGAUGGCUGCUCAUUUCAGACAUUCGUCUGGAAAGAGCAGCUCAUGUGUUGCCAAACCAGGAGAUGUUCCCUGUGACAUCUGCACUGAAACCAAAAUGAAAGCUUUGAAAUCCUGCCUGGUGUGUCUGGCCUCAUACUGCGAGACGCACCUGGAGCCACAUCUGACUGCAUUGCGCCUGAAAAGACAUCAGCUUACUGAUCCUGUGGAGAACCUGGAAGGCAGGAUGUGUACGAUACAUGACAAACCUCUGGAGCUCUUCUGCAAGACUGACCAGACCUGCGUGUGCAUGCUGUGUCCUGUUUUAGACCACAAGUCGCAUGAAGUCAUUCCGCUGAAAGAACAAUUUGAGAGAAAGAAGGCCGAGUUGGGGAAGAGAGAGGUUGAAAUCCACCGUAUGAUCCAGGAGAGACGACUGAAGAUUCAAGAUAUCAAACACAAUGUAAAGCUCAGCAAGGAAUCUGCAGACAAAGAGAUGGCAGAUGGCAUUCAGGUCUUCUCCGUUUUGAUACAGUCGUUGGAAAGAGCCCAGGCAGAGCUCAUUGGGAUCAUUGAAGACAAGCAGAAAACAACAGAAAAAGAGGCUAAAGAUUUCAUCCAAGAGCUAGAGCAGGAAAUCUUUGAGCUGAUGAGGAGACGGGCUGAGGUGGAACAGCUUUCACGCUCAAAAGACCAAAUCCACUUCCUGCAAAGCUUUGGGUCCCUGAAUGCUUCGGCCGUCUACAAAGACUGGACAGAGGUCCAUGUGAAUCUGCCAAAAUAUGAGGGGACUGUGAAGACAGCUGUGGAUCAACUGGAGGAGACGCUUGGCAAAGUGCUACAGAAGCUGAUCCAAGGGGCUGAGCUAAGCAGUCUCCAACAUUUUGCUGUGGAUGUGACUCUGAAUCCUGAUACAGCACAUCCGGCUCUCAUCCUGUCUGAUGAUGGGAAACAAGUACAUCAUAGUGUUAUAAAGAAGAAUCUCCCAGACAAUCCGGAGAGAUUUAAUCCUAGUUGUUGUGUCCUAGCAAAACAGAGUUUCUGUUAUGGGAAAUUUUACUUUGAGGUUGACAUUAAAGGAAAGACUAGAUGGACUUUAGGAGUGGCCAAAGAGUCGAUCAAAAGGAAGGGAAUUAUCCCACUGUGCCCAGAAAAUGGCCACUGGACAAUGUGGUUGAAAAAUGGAGACGAAUAUGCAGCUCUCGUUGGCUCUCCUCUACCUCUCUCUCUAAAAUCAAAGCCACAGAAGGUGGGAGUGUUUGUGGAUUAUGAGAUGGGUCUGGUCUCUUUUUAUGACGUAGAUGCUGCAGCUCUUCUCUACUCCUUUUCUGGCUGCUCAUUCACUGAUAAACUCUACCCAUUCUUCAGUCCUGGUCUAAAUAAUGAUGGCAGAAACUCCACUCCUAUGAUAAUUUCUGCCGUCAAAUAGUGAGUUGAUUUUGUGUGACGCAGUAAUCAUAAUUGCUUCACAGUUUUCUUGAAAUUCUGGUCAAUUUUGUCAUAUCACUGCCUGGAAAUGUGUCUUGUAAAAUAGUGUUUUUCUAAGUGUGUGCACUGUUUGGUGUGGUUGAAUCGGACAUCUUAAGAUUGGUGCAGACCACAAUAACCUUUUUGUAUAAAAGGUCUCGGUUCGGUCACAGAGGCAUUCUGAAGCAGGUUGUUUGCGGUGGGAAUGUGGUCCAACCUCGAUCCGACUGCAAGGCAAAGUUUGAGCUAAAUGACUCCCAUAGCCAGAAAUCAAUUGAGGGCUGACCUAGACUAGCACAUCUUACCUAUGUGAAUACUUUUUAUGAUACAUUUUGGUUCACAUGAAUCUUUUUCUGUGCAAAAAUGAACCAAACCAAGAAGAAAAUGCAACAAGUUCACUAACUUCUUAUCUUAAACUCAUUAAUUCGGACCAGAACAAACAAAGUAUAGGUUUAAAGAUGCAUUAAAGGUCCAGUGUGUAACAUUUAGGAGGAUCUAUUGUCAGAAAUGGAAUAUAAUACUCAUACGUAUGUUUUCAUAAGUGUAUAAUUACUUGACAAGAAGAAAGUUGUGUUUUCUACAGUAGCCCAGAACAGACUAAAUAGGGCCUUUUAAAAUAUACUUUGAAAUAGACUUUUAGCAGACAUUUUCACUUGUCAUUGCAGGAAAACCACAUGUGUAACUAAUACCAUAAAUGAUGCCUUGAGAACAAUAGCAGGGAUAAGAAACUGGAUGUGUUUAGUUACACCUGGUUGUCUUGCGAUUUGUAAAAUCUAAUAGAACAGGCCUACAGCCUGAUAAGAAAUUAGAAAUGUUGACUUGUCAUAGCAGGAAAAGUAUAGGUGUUAAUGAUCUGUUUUAUUCCUUUAUAUCCCACAAAGCCGUGUGUGACAGUGAGCCAGCAUGCACAAUACUGAGGCCCUGAGACUGAAGGAGCUAAAUGAAAUUCAGCCAGCAUUCAUUUUAUUAUUUACACCUGUGCUUUUUCUUCUGUGACAUUUUAGUGAAAAAGGCCUGUUCAUCUUAAUGGAGGGGGUUCUGUGAAUUUGUUGAGCGUGACAGCUCUAGUUUUGCUGCUUCAUUCUCACGUGCAUUUCACUGUCAUGCAUAUCCAUUGCAAUAACACAGUCUGUUUAAGCUGUCAAUUGACGGCUCACUCUGUUGUUCUGCCUAAGCUGGUACUGCUACAUUGCUCGCUGCAUUAUUAUCGCUGCAGCAAGCUUGCACGCCUGCAAGUCUGCUAAUGCUCUUCGAGGAAAGGAAUUUGAGGCACGCCUUCCACUGCUGCUGCCGGUAACUCCAUUGUUUGGCUGUCAUCAUGUUGUCAAAUAUUAUAUGUCAUAUAAACUCUUUGCUGCAGCAGUUUCUACCAGUUUUAGCCAUGAGAUUGACGGUUUUAUUCAAGGAUAAACAUAAUUGCAGUUGUCCAAACAGAUGAAAGAUUAAUAAACAAAAGCAUGGAUAACUCUGUCAGGGUCAACAGAGGAGGAUGCUUUUAAUUUUUGAAAUGGCACAAGUACUUUUGAGUGUUUUGUCCAAGUCCAUGUAACUGUGCACUCAUGCAAAAACAUUUUUAGUGUUCCUAUCUUCAAUCUGUCUUUUAUUUUUUCAUACAAGGUUUCCUUGUACGAGUGAGUCACCACUCACUUUCACUAGCAAGGACCCACCACCACAAUGUUUCAUUUUAAGGUUUAAUGGAAAUUCAGGAGGUUUUGAUGUUAAGUACAGAUGAAUUGACGUGGACGUGAAGGGGAGAAGGUGGAAGAAGAUGUCAUCUGUCAGGUACUUAGAAUGGGAUGUGGGAGAGGUAUGCACCGACUGAAUAGAAAGGGAUGAGGGGAGGAGGGAAGAGACGGGGAAGGGAAAGGGAGGAUGGGUCAAAUAGCGCAUGACGGGGGUUGAUCAGGUAUUAAGUAGCUUGCCAGGUGAUUAGAGGUGUGGUUGAGGCGUGGCCCCGCCCUUGAACCUAAGUAAACUAAUAAACUUAAAUACUUAUUCUCAUUCCAACUUGAUGAAAGCCAUCUGUUAACGAGGAAGUGCUGCGAAGUCCUGCUAUCUGAAAUCAGCCAACCAAAACAUAACAAACCCAGCAGUGUCAGUAGACGUAAUAGGGGACAAAAGGACAAUGAGAAAAUAUUAAUACAUCUGCCAGCGAUGCGUCAUCAGAGAGUACUCGGACAGAAAUAAAGAGGGGAUGGUUUGACAUGUUGACAAGUCGAUGCAAAAAAAAAAAAGAAAACCCUGAGGCAGCUGUUGGAGUGAGAUAAUCUUUCCUAUAAGUUGCUGUGCCAAAAUAUGCCAAUAAAAUCUAAAAAAAACUAGACAUGAAGAUGAUAUAGUGAACAGAAUAUUAACUCUUUUUUGCAUUAAAUAUAACUUCAUUUUGAUUUUGCUAUCAUAUUUAAACUCCAAGAUAAAGACAUUCAAAUUAAGUCAAAUUGUGGAAAGAGAGGAUGACUCAUUCAUUUUUGUAUUUGUAAAAUGGACAAAUUCUCUCACUUGUGCAUGCUUCUUUAAUUAUCAGUAGGAUGUACUGUGUCAUAUUUUGUAUGUCAUUCGUGUUUGCAUCAAUAAAUUGUGGAUAAUAAAACCAA